AUGGACAAUUCUCAUUUUCGCAAUCUUCUUCAGACUGACCAAAAUGCUAGUACGUCAAGCAGUGGGGCCUCGCCACAAGCCUUCAAGAAGCCCGCUCUUGGCUCCAGAGCCCGCGCAUCGAUUCCCAUGACGCCUCGUUCUGUAGCGGGAUAUAACGCUUCUAAAGUAUUCACGCAACAGCUUGCAGAAUAUCGGAAAGGACAAGAUGGACAACCUCCCACAAAAAAAUUCAAGUCCAGCGCACCGAAAGGCACCAAGCUCGCCUCUGGCUACCAAGACCGCACUCUGGCUCGACGAACAGAUGAUGAGGGUGUAGUGACAUCAGAUGACAAGGAAAAACGUUUCAAGGCACUGGAAGAGAUGUACAAACUACAACAGAUCGACGAAGCCACUUUUGAAAAGCUGAGAAGCGAGAUCGGUAUCGGUGGCGAUCUCAGCAGUACACAUUUAGUGAAAGGCUUGGACUGGAAAUUGCUGGAAAGGAUUCGGCGAGGAGAAGAUGUUCAUAGUGUUCCGCAUGUGGAGAAGAAGGACGAGGAGUCUGCUCAAUUACAGGUAGACGACGAGCUUGAUGAAGUGCUUGAGAAGGGCGUGAAGACAGUGGGACCGACUUCGAAGAAAGCACAAGAUGAGACUGCUGGGGACGUUCAAGAACCUAUGACACGAGAUGCGAUCUUGCAGCGGCUGAAGGAGAGCCGAAAAAACCUAGAACCCCCACGCCCGGAGCCAGCACUUGGAGAACGCUUCAAAAAGGUGACCUCGGACAGGCCAAACAAGAAGAAAUUCAUCGAAAUCAUCAAUGGGCGGCGAAGGGAGGUACUACUCAUCACCAAUAAAGAUGGAACGACAAAGAGGAAGACCCGAUGGAUUGACAAGGAAGAGGACGUCCUAAAAGGCGAUUUAAACCAGCCUCUUGGAAUGGAAGUACCAGCUGAACUUCGAGCCAAGCAACAGGCCCUUUUGGACCAGCAAGCGGCUGAAGAUGAAAACGACGAUAUCUUUGAAGGCGUGGCCGAUUACAAUCCCCUCGCCGGCAUUAUCAGCGAGUCAGAAGAUGAGGCCGGCGACAAGGAGACAGCAGCAACGGUUAACGCCACCGAGAAGACCAUUGCAUCGACGAGCGACAAGCCGCGAAAUUACUUCGCAACAAGCAAUCAAGAGGAAGCAGCCGAGGAUCGCACCAAUCCGAUUUUGAAAGAUCCCACACUCCUUUCGGCUCUUAAGCGGGCCGCGGGCCUACGAAGAAAUGAGGAGGCUGGUGGGGUCGCAGCUGUCGAGUCAGAUCCCGACAAAGCCGCCAGGCAGCAGCAAUUGCUGGCGCGGCUGAGAGAAAGGGACCGAGCAGAUGCUGCGGAUCUGGAUCUAGGAUUUGGUGAAAGUCGGGUUGGCGAUGAGGAUGACGAGGACGGAGCUGGUUGGGACGAGGGCGAAGGGUCAGGGAAGAAAAGUGGACGGAAGCGUGGUCCGAAGAAACGCAAGGGCAAUAAAGACAACGUGAGCGACGUGAUGGCAGUGCUUCAAGGCCGUGAGAAGAAGCCCGAAAGCCUGAAAUCUGAAAGACAGUCCACCUAG